UCCUUUAUGUUUCACCUUUUCAAGCCAUAACGGGUACUGAUUUUUUUAUGUCCAGACCAAUCUCCUCGAUGAGUUCUUCCCUAGUGCACCCUUGACAGCACAUGCUUUAUCCUAGAAAUAACAAACAAAUUGGUGUAGCAGCAGGGUAUGCUUGUAUGUUGCAUUGUUGAUCUCAUUGGUACUUCUGUUUACUUUGAUAGUGUAUGAUUGAGGAGAAAUUUGAGUUUGCAAAAUUACCGAUUGUUGGCUUGUUUUGUUUGGGAGUUCCAAGUGAAGGCUUUGAAUAUGUCAAAGGCUUAUGAUUUUACUGGUAGCAAGUAGUUUUCCUACAAUCAGUUUAUGCAGCGAUGAGAGCAUCAAGUUGCAGGGGAGACAGCCUGGUUCUAGCUCCUAUACUGGUGGUAUCAACGACAAUGAGGAUUGCAAAAUGCUAAGUAGAUUUUAGGAUUUGGGUGUGACCAGCUCCUUGUUGCCCAAAUUCAAGUGUGAAUGCAUUCUCAUCACUUUGGUCUUGAUUUGGUGUGGUUAUAUUGGAUUUUUCUUUGAUUGAGGAAAAGAGGAUCUUUCUAAUCUUCUGUUGUUUUUAGCUUUUGGGUGAAUUUACAAACAGAUCAAUGGUCACGGGCACCAGGGAGUCCGGUUUCAAUUUCCUUGCAUGCAAGGGCCAAGCAAGAUUUAUUUGCUGAAGUGGUAUAAAGUUAAUCAGCCUAAGGGAAGCAGAGGUCUGGAGUUAAAGAAAUAGGUAACCUUGUGCUGAAACUUCCAUGAUGAAAUAAGAGGCAUUAUGAAAUUAGCUUUCAUGAUAAAAUGGAGCUGUGGAUAGGGCUUCAAUGCAUAAGUACAAUAGUAACUACCAAGAAAGUGUUCCGUGGUAGGACUGGGGUCAAAGGCUGUGAUUCUCACCUGUGGAAGGGCAUUUGGGUGUCUUGAGUAAACAUGUGAGCAAGCACUGGAAGGAUUGUGGGGAAGGGGCAAUAUUCACUUUCUGGUGAGAUACAUGGGUUGAGAUAGAGGGCCCUAUUGCUGACAAUGAAUUUCCAUCCUAUCCCAGAAGCUCGUUGGUAUUCUAAAGCAGUGGAGUGGGUUGGUGCUGUUGGAGAAUAGGCCUGGAACACGUUUUCCAUUUGGUGCCUUGUGAUCUUGCUCUGAAGAUUUACUCAUGAACCUCUCCUACAAAGCUGAAGAGAGGGACAGACAAUUCCAUGAAAGAACUGGCGAUAGGAAGUUCUCUGUCAAGUUUGCUUAUAACCUUCUUGAAGGAGAUUUCUGGAGUAACUCAAGGUACAAGUGGAGGUUAGAUUGGAAAUGGAAAAGGCCACACAAGAUUCUCUAUAUCUCCUGGCUGAUACAGAACAAGAGAUUGUCAACAAAUGAGCUUUUAGAGGAACCUGGAAUCUAACAGACCCUGUUACUUGACACCUGUGCAUUACUAAUGAGUGAAGAGGAGAACAUGUGCGUAGGGACUGCUAUUUGGCCAAGUGCUUGGUGCAGUCUUCUGGAUGAGAAGGACAAGGUCACAAUUUUUUUUUUUUUUUUUGAGAAGGAUCAUAGUGAAUGGUUGUAUUAUAAGCGUAGAGAAGUGUGUGACAAGGCCAUGGUUGAAGAUUGGGCUCUCGUCUUUGAAGUCACAUGCUGGCAAUAUUGGAGAUGGAUGAAUGGUUAUAUAUUUAACAAUAUUCUGGUGGAUAGCAAGCUAGCCGUCUUCAAGUUUCACAGGUUUUUUGCAGAAGUUAAGCUGGCCGACUCUAUUAACUUCUUUGAAGCCAACAAGAAAGGAUAUAGACUUACUGGCUAGCAACAACUGCAAAAAGGAUGGAUGAAGUAGAAUGCUGAUGCGAUAGUAUUGCUAAUUUUUUAUGUGAUUGCAGCGACAUCAUCUUUGUUCUGCUGCAAGGAAGGUACUGCUGUUUCAUUGGAGUUGGAUCUACUCUUUUGGCUUCUCUGGCAUCUUUUGGCUACUCCUUUUAUUUUUGUAGAAAGAAAUCAAAAGUUUUGUAUUCAAAGAUUCAAGAACUUGAGAUUUCUCUCAAUUCUUGUAUGCAAAAAAGUGCUGCUGAGAGACAAGGUCGAAUUAGAGCCCAACAGGAUUUGAGGAAGGCCUUAGCACAACCCAAGUCUGAGAAUUUGGAGCAGGCUUCUUAUCCCAUGACCCCUAUUGGAGUUGUUCAGUCCUGCUUCUCAACCAGAAAUGGGACUCCAAGGCAACCCUUACUCGUACCUCUUGCUAGGGCAUGCUUAGUCUUUGACUCAGCUCGGGUUCCUCCAGCAUCCCUUGAGGGUUUUGUAGAAUAUUCUCAUUGCUGGAUUAUAUAUGUGUUUCAUUUGAAUACAGAUUUGGUGAAGUUAUGGAAGCAUCCGUCCAGAUCAAAGUUUAAGGCUAAGGUUAGAGUACCAAGACUGAAAGGAGGAAGGAUGGGAGUCUUUGCUACAAGAUCUCCACAUCGCCCAUGCCCUAUUGGGCUCACUGUUGCAAAGGUGGAGGCUGUACAAGGAAACAUGGUUCUUCUAUCUGGUGUUGACCUGGUUGACGGGACACCAAUACUAGACAUCAAACCAUAUCUACCAUACUGUGAUAGCAUCCAAGGGGCAGCAGUGCCGGAUUGGGUAAUGGUGGACAAUAUGUUAGCAGUAGCUUCUGUUAACUUUUCUGAGGGCUUCUCUUCGUCACUAUCUGAUUGUUGGGAAACAGCAAAAAAGAAGUCGCUCUAUGCAUCACCAGAUGAACUUCAAUGCUUAAUCAAGCAGGUGCUUUCAUGGGAUAUUCGAUCAAUAUCUCAACGAAAUCAACCACAUGAUCCCCUUAUUAAGACGGGAAAUGGGGAAGCACCACAUAGUGCUCUUGAUUCAAACCAGAACCAAGAUCAAGAAGCUUCGGACAAUGAAAACAGCCAGGUUUGUCAUCCUUCUGGGGAUGUAACAUACCACUUAAUUUUGGAAGGAAUGGAUGUCUCAUACAGAAUUGAUUUCAAUGGCAAUGUAAUUGUAGAGAAUGUUGUAGUUUCAUCUGGCAUUCUGAAUGGUAAUCAAAACCGUAGCAGUUUCUUAAUGUGGAGAGACGAGCUCAGUUAACCAAACUAUCUUCAGCUUUUUCCUUGCAGUUCCUGUAGCUGCAAUUGUAGUAACUACAUAUGAUGGCUGCAGAAUUUCUUCCUUGCUGAGCCAGAUUUGAAUUGAUCUGGUUCAUUGGAUUAUGUUAAUUA